AUGUGGUUGCUUCGACAGCUUCUUUCCCCUGCGCUGGUCCUUGUCGGCCAUGGGGCCCUCACCUUGGCCGCCACUGCGCUCCCGAUGGCUAAGCUGUUCGACGUCGUCACCGACAGCUCACUUAACGGAAACUGCGCGGCGUACAGCACGGCCACGCUGGAUCAACUGGCGAGUGAUGCACUGAAGUUGGCGGAGGCAGGGAGCAAGGCUUGCGAUUCUUAUGUCGCCGCGGAUCCGGCCAUGGUCCGGCUCUUCGACGCCUUUUUCCAGGGAACCGAUGCCACGGCGGUGGCUGGGAUGAAACUCUGGUACGACUAUGUCAGCAACUGGCUGCAAAACGGGGGCGUGCUGUCGGGACGAACCAAGCUGCCGCUGCUCUUCUGUGGCGACCACAGCAUCCGCCAGACGAUGAGCAGUCCGUUGCGUGAUGACGAUGGCAACACCCACCAAAAUGCCCAAAAGACAGGAGACACGCUGAUCGUGCAGGAUUCGUACAUGAAGGACUGGUGGAAGCAAGUCGCGGUGGCGCAGCAGGUCGUGCUGACGGCGGUCUACCCCUACUGGGAUCCGCAACAGCUGGUGUACUUCUUCGACCAGAAGAAGGGGUCAAGUGUGACUGAUUACCAGUGCGCGGACGACAGCCUGGGCUAUACGAUCGCGCAGGGCCGGGGCAGCGUGACGCUAUGCACGAGCUCCUUCUCGGCCGGUGGGAACCUGGGCAGCGUCGCCCCGAGCCCUAUCCCGGCCAAAGACUUCGUCAACGGCAAUCCGCCCUCCAACCAGGCCGCCCAGCCCAUCGACGACAUCAUGCCCGGCGCGGCCACCCUCUUCCAUGAGUUGCUCCAUCUUUUCUCCGAGAACAAGUUCGUCCCCUCCACGGGCGAGGAAUACAACGCCUGGCGUAUCAUGGGUAAGAUGGUGCGCGAUGACAACACCUACUUUACCGGCGACAAUUCCGUCGAUAACGCCGAGUCUUACACUUUCGUGGCGGGCGCCGCAUACUAUACCCAGAAUAUGCCAUCGAAUGGCAAGGUGGUGGAGUACUAUACCGGAUAUUGUUCGACGCAGUAG